CUAUAGAUGUCCAAGGGGAGGCGUCUACCGCUAUGCAAUAUUUAUAUUGUUGUUUAGAGAAGUUGUUGGGAGAAGAACCGGGGGAUUCAUUAACCUCCGUUUCUUACUGGACCGACCUGGAAUAAGAUUGGGAUCCUUUUGAGAUGUGACUAACUUAAUGUUUUCGUACUAGUUGCAUGAUAAUUAAAAAAACAACAACUUGAUAGCAUUUGCUAACCGGUUAGCAAAAAUGUGUGACAACUAGGGAACAUUGCCUAACCAGCUAGCUACAACGUUAGCUAUAUCUAGCUAGCCACCAAUGACGAGAAUCGGAUUUGUUUGACAACUUCGGUAAUAACUAAUGUAACUUCAAACCAUUUUUUAAGUAGCUGAAUUCUAAGAAAGGUAACGUUGAAAUAGUGUUGGUUGUAAAACUAGCAAGCCAUUUGCCAGAUUAUGCAUUGGGCUAGCAGCUAACGUUAGCGUGCUUGCUGACAGCAACUUGAAUUUGCAGCGUUGUUGCACAAUGUUAGCUACAGAAUGUGUAAUCAGGAAAAUGACCCAUGUCACACUUAUAUAUAUAUAUAUAUUAAACAACUGCAGUAGUUUAAAAUAGUUAUUCUCAAACCUCACCUCGGGGACCCCCAGACGUGUCAAAAUUGUGUUGUUCGGAAGUAACGUUAGCACACCUGAUUCACUUAAGUUAAUUAAGGGCUUGAUUAAUUGGCAAGUUUAAUCAGGUGUACUAGCUUUGGAACUGCGGGAGGUCCCAGAGGAGCGGUUUGAGAAUCACUGCUGCAGGGAAGAGAAUGUUCAGGAGUCCACAAAUUCUGGCCUUGACAUGCCCUGUCAGAACCCUGCUGCUGCUGUCUGUCAGAGACCCCCGCGUGCCUGCCCUACCUGAACACGCCUGUCAGAGGGGGAAUGGACCCAAAGCAGGGAGAAGUCUCUGUCAGGGGGAUGGAGGGGAGGAGGCAGUGCCCCUCUCUUCAGCCAUCUCUUCACACCUUGUUAGCAGAAGCACCUCUGGUUGUGAAAGCUGUCUCCUUAACACCGCACCUCAACACCCCUUACAAAAAGCCACCCCUCCCAACCAACCUCAAUUGUCUCAGGACUCUAGCUUUGUCUCUUUGAAACAUACACCACGACUGCCGGUGAUAGUAGCAUGUGACCCUUGUAAAACCACUUCAUUGGAACAUUUGGACAAUUCCAAAGCCACGGAAUGUUCUAGUGACCGUAAGUGCCUUCUACAAAGGAGGCAAACUGACAAUGGUAGCCAAUGUUUGUCUGCUGAGGUGAAGGUCAACAUCACAUUCAGUGUUAAAAGUAAUAGUUACAGUCCUGUUCAAAGUGGCAAGAUUCACAAGAACAUUUUUCACAGACUGCUUGUGUCCACACCCAAACAGUGGACUGUGGAUCCCCAGCGACUCCUUUCACUCCAGAGCCAAGGCCUGCACCAGUCUGCUGCCUCCAGCCCUGAGGGUGCCCUGAGGGAGUGCCUUUCGCUGGUGAACGAGGCGCGCUGCCGGCAGAGCCUGGAGCCUAAUGUGGCUCUGUAUGAGAAAGACGUCCGGGGGGAAAGGGGGCCCAGUGAGGCCCAGUGGAAGUCGGCGUCUGUGCUGGUCUCUCUUUGCUCUGUGGAGGGAGAGCCCGCCUUCCUGUUCACCCUCAGAUCCACAGCACUGAAGGGCAGACACAAGGGCGACGUCAGUUUUGCAGGAGGCAAGCGUGACCCCUCGGACAAGGACGUUGUAGACACCGCCCUGAGAGAAGCUUGUGAGGAACUGGGCAUCACUGUGGCAACAAACCAAGUGUGGGGCGUGCUGAAACCAAUCCGGGAUAUGUCUGGAAUGAUGAUAGCCCCUGUACUGGCCAACCUCGGCCCCCUGGAGGCGCUGUCGUUCAAGCCAAAUCCUGCCGAGGUAGAAGAGAUUUUCACCCUGUCGCUCUCCCACGUAUGCAGUCCCCAGAAUCAGGGAUACACCCACUUCCGUACCGGUGAGCGCUACGGGUACACCCUGCCCGUGUUCCGCAACGGGAAGCACCGCGUGUGGGGCCUCACUGCCGUGGCCCUUGAACACACGCUCAAACUCAUCACGCCGCCAUGACAACCAAUCAUUGCAGCCAUCACUACUGUUUUUUUGUAAAGUAUAGUGUAAGUGUGAUUACGGAAUAAUUUAAUUAUUUGUUUCAUAUGUGAAAUUGAUCAUUGGGGCUUAUGUAUCAAUUGAGGACUUCUUAUAAUCAAUGUAUCCCAUAUACUCUAAGCAUACAUGUCAGAAGUGAUAUAUAUUGAAUAAAUGAGAUAUCAGGUAGAGUCAUGUAAGGAACAAUCAACUUCCAUGUCAAAACCACUUUGGAUUGUAAUGUCACUGUAUUUUGUCAUACUGACAUAAUCUGAGGUUCUCCCUGGAAAGGUCAAAUCUUUACAGUUCAUUCAUUCACUAACUGUAUGAAGGUAAGGCACCAUGUUUCGAUGUGUCAAAUGCAAUAAAAAUGUUUUACGAUUCUA